AUGAUUUACACUGUGUUUUCAUCUUUGGAAGUGGUGAACGCGCAUAUCCAGGACUGUGUCCCUCGAAUUGAAGCGAGCGACAGGUGCGACCCCGCAGGCCUCAGAUCUGAAGAGCAGCCGUGUUUGCUGAAGAUCUCCCGGGUUCUACAUUAUUAUAGCCACUUGUUCGGGGAGAACAGCGUCUUCAACGAAAGUGAUUUCGAUGAUCUGGCCCGCACACUUUCACAGCUCCUGCGGCAAAUCAAGUCACAUUAUGGACAUGCUAGUGAAAACGGGCACGGGGUCGCUGUGGAGGACUGGAGUUGCAUCACGGUAAAAGAUUGGCAGCGGCAGUAUUUGCAGCGUCACUACAUGGAGAGACUCAAGUCGUUCUCAAUCAUCGUGGCCCGUGUUUUUACUCCGGGGAACCCGUCCAAGCAUGCUGUCACAACGUUGCCCCAGUGUGCUACAAGCUAAAUAUAAGACCCAUUGGAAGGUGCCUCAGUAUGACUAUUGCACAACAAAUGAGCUAAAUAUUAAGAAACUGUAAACAAACAAACUGACCAAAUAGGAAUAUUUACUACAAAAAUAAAUAUUGACUAUAGCAGUUGAUCACCCUAGUGGUAUAUUUACAGAAUGCCCCCCCAUGUGUAUAGGUCCCUACAGGCACACUUGUUCAGUCUUUUAAGGUGAACAGCAUCGUGAAACAACUUGCAGUGUCCCGUAUGUUAUUAAUAGUUUGCAUUGUUUAAAGAUGGAGCACACAUUAUCAAAUUGAUUCGAAGUACGACAGAUUACCGUUAAAGUUUCAGAACUGUGCAAUGGUGCCAGCGCCAGCUGUUACAUUUUGUUUUUUACUAUGGAGAGAAUAACAAUAUUGAGAGAUUUUUAACAGUCACGCAUUGCCCGUGUCAAGAAAAUGACACUUCUCAAAUUGUUAAAAAUUGUUGUAUGUUCUCAAAUGCUAUUUAGUUAAUAGGUUUGGAUAAUGCAUUGAUUUUCUUGUAACACAUUAUGUAUGCUACCU